AUGAGAGGUUACGUCAUGCUUUACAGAACUUCAGAUCUCAGAAUCGAUCGAGAGCCUUCACUUCAGAUCGCCAUUCGCCAUUUUCGCCUCGCCUCACCUUCACUUCAAAAUCGAAAGCCUCGAGCCACCUUCACCGAAAGCCGUCAUCCUACUCAGAAUCGAAGGCCUCCUUCGCUGACUCACCUUCACCGUCAGCCCGCUGUGCCCCAAGGCCCAAGUUUUGACAAGGGUUCUAACUCUUGUAAAGAUGGUAUUGAUGAAGCAACUGAAACUACACUUAGAAUCUACGGCUGUGAUCUGAUUCAAGAAAGCGGCAUAUUGCUCAAAUUACCUCAGGCUGUUAUGGCUACUGGUCAGGUCCUAUUUCAUCGUUUCUAUUUCAAGAAAUCAUUUGCUCGAUUUAAUGUAAAGAGAGUUGCUGCCAGUUGUGUUUGGCUUGCUUCAAAACUUGAAGAAAGUCCCAGAAAAGCAAGACAGGUUCUCAAUGUUUUCCACAGGAUGGAAUGUAGGAGAGAGAAUUUGCCGAUACAGCAUUUGGACAUAUAUUCCACGAGAUACGUGAAUCUUAAAGCAGAUUUGAUCAAAACGGAAAGGCAUCUUUUGAAAGAGAUGGGUUUUAUCUGCCAUGUUGAGCAUCCUCACAAAUUUAUAUCUAAUUACCUUGCCACAUUGGAGACACCUCCAGAACUCAGACAAGAAGCUUGGAAUCUUGCAAAUGACAGUCUGCGGACAACCUUGUGUGUGAGAUUUAAAAGCGAGGUUGUGGCAUGUGGUGUCGUAUAUGCUGCAGCACGUAGAUUUCAAGUGCCACUACCAGAGAAUCCCCCGUGGUGGAAAGCAUUUGAUGCUGACAAAUCUGGCAUUGAUGAAGUUUGUAGGGUGUUGGCCAAGUUGUACGCGCUUCCAAAGGCCCAAUAUAUACCUGUUUGCAAGGAAGGAGGUUCAUUUGCCACAUCUAAUCGAACACGGGAUUCACCGCAUCCCUCAGUUUCAAAGGAGGCAACCCCGAAUGAAGCUGGUAAUAAGGGCGAAGGGGUGAAAGCUGCUCUCGACAAAUUGAACGAGUCAAAGAAAAGUGAUGACGAAUCCAAAAGUAUGACCAAUGGUGGGGAGUCCAGAGAGGAAUCUGAAUCGAAAUUGAUGCCGGACAACAGAACAGAAAUUAAGGAGAGAGAAAAAGAUAGGGAAAGGGGAAGAGAGAGAAGUAGGAGCAAAGAUGUGCGGGACCCUGACAGGGAGCAAGGUAAGGAAGAUCAUGAGAGAGACAGAGACAAAGUUAAGGAAAGGUGUCAUCGUUCCAGGGACAAAGGAAAAGAUUCUGGACGAAUGGAGAAGUCCAGGCAUCAUUCAUCUAGAGAUCGUGACUACCACGGGUCAUCUUAUUCAUCAAGAGAGAGAGAACGUCGGAAACAUUACUA